CUCUUUAUCUGGUACAUUAAAAUAUGUAUGUAUAAGUCAUGACAAUUAGGAGUAAAUUGAUUCGAUAUAUACGUACGCAUGUUUUGGAUAAAAUAUUAUGAAAACAACAAGGUUAUUUCAAACGAAUAUACCAGUCGCUAAAUACACAAAUGGUUAUAUAAACGUCGUUUUCAGGAUUUUAAAUGAAUAUCUUUAUUGGUAUGUACAAACAGAUGGUUCUACCAAAUCGCGCAGUAAGAAUCAACAAGCGUAUCUGGUAAGGGAUGUAUUUGCAUUCAACAAGACUAAUCCGAUUUUGUUUAAUACAAUCGGAGAUGUUCGGUCUGGUCUAAUCAUUGAAGCUUUUCAAGACGUAUAUAUUUGGGAACGGAGAACAAACUGUUCAUCAUUUGGAGAUAAAAGCCAACAUGAAAUUCAUUUUAGUCGGAAUUCUUGUGGUCUUUGUGGCCUUCGCUGCUGUAGCUUCUGCUAAAGAUGACAUACUUUCGGAGCAAGAACUUCGCGAGGCGGUUGAACGUGCGAAAGAAAAGCCGAGCAACGAUGAGAGCGAGGACUGUGAGACACUAUGCUCUGAACUUGCUAAGAGAGAAGACGAUUCUUUUGACAACGAAAUUUUCCGGGAAUGCGUAGACAAUGUUUGCGAGGAUCAUGAGAACGGCCGAUCAGAAACAGCACGCAAGCGAGGAUGGUUUAGAAGAGUCGUGCGAAAGAUUGGAUAGGGUGCCCGAAGACUAGUGACAAACGUUAGAAAUGGUUUCAGAAGAGUAUUCCGCAAACGUUGAUCAUUUUCUGCGAUAUUUUUAUACUGCUAUCUAAAACAAGUCGUUAAAUCAAGACGUGAGCUUCCUCUUAGAAUAAACACCUCAUGUUUUAAUAUAAAAUUCGUUAUAAAUUGUACUUUUGUCAUUAGAAAAAAAAUAAUUACAAACUUUCCCUGUUUCCGCAUUUAAAGUAAAAAGAGAAACACACCUGAUAAAAAUACCCACAUACAUGUUUUAUGAUACUAUGUUUAUGUCUUAGCUUACUCAGAUGUAAUAAAGCAGACAAAAUAG